AACGAGUCCAAAUAUGGUCACACAGCAUUAACCAUAAACAAAUCGCAUAAUCAUGUCCAGCGGAUUUGCACGAAGCUCGUACAAGUUGUUUGUGGGCAACCUGCCGUGGACUAUCAGCAGCAAGGAGUUGAAAACUUACUUCUCCCGCUACGGACACGUGGCCAAUGCAGAAGUGGUCUUCGACAAGCAGCAGGGUCUGUCAAAGUAUUACGGAUUCGUGGUCUUUAGCCAGCGCGAUGCUUACAACAGCGCCAGCAAUCAGAACACCCACUUCCUAGAGGGCAGAGUACUCAAUGUGCAGCGCGCAAACGAAAGCCAAUAAAGUAAAUGGAAGAAUAUAGUAUUUAAUUGCGUGUACAAAAGCCAUACAAAUA